UGCCGGAAGUAUGUGAUCCCGGAAGUUCCGUAGCUGUUGUGAGGGGGGAUAAACAGGAAUGGCGGAGGCAGCGGCGGCGCCUGCAAGUCUCACAUCAGCAGCAGCCGUCGCGGCAGGCAAGGCCCCGCUGCUCGCGUUCCCGGAUAAUCCCCCCGUGGGUGGCUGGACUCGGCAGGUCACCUGCAGAUAUUUCAUGCACGGAGUCUGCAAAGAAGGCAACAACUGUCGCUAUUCCCACGAUCUUUCCACCAGCAGAUCUACCAUGAUUUGCAGAUAUUACCAACGAGGGUGCUGUGCAUACGGAGACCACUGCAGGUAUGAACACACAAAGCCACUUAAGCAAGAACCGACGGGAGACACUUCUGCCGCGAGGAUCUGCCCCCGUGAGUCUCAUCCGGAGCCGAGCAGCACUAAUAACAGUAAGGCAGCUGAACUGACCGCUACUGACCUGGCAGCUGGGGGCUCACAGGCUGAAGACUGGGUGAAUGCCGUGGAGUUUGUUCCGGGGCGGCUCUACUGUGGACGUGGUCCAUCCGUCCUGGAAGCUGUAACUCAGGGAACGGAAACCCGUGAUGAUUGCAUGGAGCAGCCCGCCGACCCCGAGCUCAAAAAGCAGCUGUGUCCAUACGCUGCGGUAGGGGAAUGCCGCUACGGCGAAAACUGCGUCUACCUGCACGGAGACCCGUGUGAUAUGUGCGGCCUGCAGGUGCUUCACCCUGUGGACACCUCCCAAAGGUCUCAGCACAUAAAGUCUUGCAUCGAAGCUCACGAAAAAGACAUGGAGUUAUCGUUUGCCAUCCAGCGUAGUAAAGAUGUCGUGUGCGGAGUCUGCAUGGAGGUGAUAUAUGAGAAAGUGAACCCCAGCGAGCGGCGCUUCGGGAUUCUGUCAAACUGCAGCCACGCUUACUGCUUGAAAUGCAUCCGCAAAUGGAGGAGCGCCAAGCAGUUCGAGAGCAAAAUCAUUAAAUCCUGCCCCGAGUGCCGCAUCACAUCAAAUUUUGUCAUUCCGAGCGAGUACUGGGUAGAGGAGAAAGAAGAGAAACAGAAGCUCAUCCAGAAGUACAAGGAGGCCAUGGGCAACAAGUCCUGUCGGUAUUUUGACGAAGGACGCGGCACUUGUCCAUUUGGAGGCAAUUGUUUUUACAAGCACGCGUACCCCGACGGCCGCAUCGAAGAGCCGCAACCGCGGCAAAAAGGGGGAAUGUCCAGCCGGUACCGGGCCCAACGCAGAAAUCGCUUCUGGGAUUUCGAGGAACGAGAGAACGGCGACGUCUUUGAUAACGACGAAGACGAAGUGGUCACCUUUGAGCUGGGCGAAAUGCUGCUCAUGCUUUUGGCGGCGGGCGCAGACGAAGACCUGACGGACUCAGAGGACGAGUGGGAUUUGUUCCAUGAGGAACUGGACGAUUUUUAUGACCUGGACCUAUAGCGCCAGUCAAUGGAGUUUGGACUGUCUGGGUAGCGUCAGACAGUAGCUCUUUCCUGUCGUGGUGUGGCAGUGCCUGUGUUUCUCCUAGGCAGGCCUAUCAAUUCCAGGUGCUGUUGUAAUAAUUUUUAUCCUGAUGUCUCUUUUUCCCUCUUAUCCCCCGAGUGUUUGUUCUCUGUUUCAAGGUAUAAAAAAAAAUAAAUCGUUAAAAAAAAAAAAGAUAACUAAAAAUAUGAGAAAAAAAUAA